AUGAAGAAAUCUGGUAGUUUCGUGUAUGUGUGUGUGUGUCUCUCCCUUGAGUUUAUGAAGAGAUGUGAAUCUAAAUGCUUUCGUUGUUGUUUUUGUAUUCGAUACCAGGCAAACGCAGCGUCGGGAAUGGCAGUCCAUGAUGACUGCAAGCUCAGGUUUCUGGAGCUGAAGGCGAAAAGGACGCACCGUUUCAUAGUUUACAAGAUCGAGGAGAAGCAGAAGCAAGUGAUUGUUGAGAAAGUUGGUGAGCCUAUUCAAACCUACGAGGACUUUGCAGCAAGCCUUCCAGCUGAAGAAUGCCGCUACGCCAUUUAUGAUUUUGACUUUGUCACCAAGGAGAAUUGCCAGAAGAGCAAGAUUUUCUUCAUUGCGUGGUGUCCGGACGUAGCGAAGGUGAGAAGCAAGAUGAUCUAUGCGAGCUCCAAGGACAGGUUCAAGCGUGAGCUUGAUGGAAUUCAAGUAGAGCUUCAGGCAACGGAUCCGACUGAGAUGGAUCUUGAUGUUUUCAAAAGCCGCGUCAACUGA